AUGGGUCAGCAUCAUCUUCUCCAAACAGUUUCAUGGUUAAGUUCGUCGCUGCCCAGGCCAGUACUUUUGACAUCACCAUCGCUCCAGAGGCACCUCAUCAAGAGAUACACUGAGAGCAAGGAGAGCGAUGGACAUGUAAUCGGAGAGAAAGGGAGGUCGACGGCGGAAGAGUUCAGUAGGGUAGCUAAGGAAAAGGCAGAGUCGGUGAGUCGAACUGCUAAGGAAACAUUGGAAGGCGUAAAAGAAGCUAUGGUGGGUUCCACUGACGAUGAAUCCCCGAAGCAGGAAUACAAGAAGCCUGUGGAGAAGGGUAAUUACGACAAUAUGGGUCGCCAGGAUUAGUCAUUAU